CCCCUCCGUUCCUCUUCUGUAUACACAACAAAACCUCCCCAGCAACCCCCCUCACUUCUCUCUGUCCACUCGCCCCCGAACUACUCCCCUCCUUUCUCGAAUAGCGACUUUAUCACAAUGGCGGACACCCUGCGGGACGAAGAUAAGCGCCGGCGUGUACGUCUGGCGCAGGAGUUUCUUGACCCCAAUGAUGUUGCCUCUAGAAGCUACCGACCAGAUAUUCUGGUCAUGCUGAACCGUGGUCAGAAGCGUUUGACGGUCAGCAUUGACGAGAUCCGAUCACACGAACGUGAGCUUGCCGAUGGCCUGCUGAACGAGCCUUACAACUUCACCGAAGCCUUCAAUCAAGCCUUGAAGGAAGUCAUAAAAGUACUGGCAGAUCGCCCGAAACACGAAUCGUCUGACGACGCCGUAUACUAUUGCGCAUUCGUAGGGAGCUUCGGCGAGUUUUCGUGCAAUCCACGAACACUCGGUUCCAAUCAUCUCAACCACAUGGUGUCGCUGGAAGGCAUUGUAACCAAAACAUCGCUCGUGCGCCCAAAGGUCGUGAAGAGUGUACACUACAAUGAAAACAAGCAAAAGUUUGUUUCCAAACUAUACCAGGAUCAGACUAUGGGUAUGGGCGCCGCGAGCUCGAGUGUAUACCCCACAGAGGAUGAAGACGGUGACCCACUGGUCACCGAGUACGGAUACUCCACAUACAGAGAUCACCAGACCAUUUCGAUCCAAGAAAUGCCCGAACGCGCGCCAGCAGGCCAAUUACCCCGCUCCGUAGACGUUAUCUUGGACGACGACCUGGUGGAUCGUGUGAAGCCUGGAGACAGAAUCCAGUUAGUUGGCAUUUACAGAUCACUCGGAAACCGUAACGCUUCGUCUGGCAGCUCGACCUUCCGCACUCUUCUCAUUGCGAACAACGUGAUAUUGCUUUCAUCUAAAUCGGGUGGUGGAAUUGCGCAGGCCGUCAUCACUGACACCGAUAUCCGCAACAUCAACAAAAUCGCAAAGAACAAGAGAGUCUUUGAUCUUUUAUCUCAGUCCUUGGCCCCAUCCAUUUAUGGUCAUGAUUACAUCAAGAAGGCCAUUCUGCUGUUACUGCUGGGUGGUCAAGAGAAGAAUUUGGAAAACGGAACGCAUUUGAGAGGUGACAUCAACAUACUAAUGGUUGGUGACCCUUCUACCGCCAAAUCUCAGCUUCUUCGUUUCGUGCUCAACACAGCUCCUCUCGCAAUUGCUACAACGGGUAGAGGUUCGUCCGGUGUCGGUCUUACAGCAGCUGUGACUCAAGACAAAGAGACAGGCGAGCGCCGGCUUGAAGCAGGUGCUAUGGUGCUUGCGGACCGUGGUGUUGUUUGUAUCGAUGAAUUUGACAAGAUGUCAGAUGUAGAUCGUGUGGCCAUUCACGAAGUGAUGGAGCAACAGACCGUCACCAUUGCCAAGGCUGGCAUACAUACCUCUCUGAAUGCUCGCUGCAGUGUCAUUGCUGCUGCUAACCCAAUCUUUGGCCAAUACGACAUCCACAAGGACCCCCACAAGAAUAUCGCGCUUCCGGACUCGCUAUUGUCUCGUUUUGAUUUGCUCUUCGUUGUCACGGAUGAUAUUGAAGAUGCACGGGACAGACAAAUCUCAGAGCAUGUUCUCCGUAUGCAUCGCUUCAGACAACCAGGUACCGAGGAGGGUGCACCUGUCCGUGAAGAAGGUGCACAACUUCUGGGUGUUGGCCUGGACACCGAGGCAGAUGCCAAUAAACCUACGGAAGUCUACGAGAAGUUUAACCCGAUGCUGCACUCUGGUGUGACCAUCACAGUCGGUCGUGGCUCCAACCGCAGAACUGAAGUGCUGUCCAUUCCCUUCAUCAAGAAAUACGUACAGUACGCCAAGCGAGAGAAGCCAAUUCUCACAAAAGGCGCAGCAGAUCACAUUGUUACCGCUUACUCUGCACUACGAAACGAUGAAUUAGACUCUGGUACCCGUCGCACAUCACCCAUCACAGCACGUACAUUGGAAACUCUGAUUCGUCUCUCCACCGCCCACGCAAAGGCUCGUUUGAGCAAGCGCGUUGACCAAAAAGACGCAGAAGUCGCGGAACAAAUCCUCCGUUUCGCCCUCUUCAAAGAAGUAGUGGAAGACGAGCGCCGAAAGCGUCGACGCAUCACGCGCGAUCCGGACGCCAUGUCUACGGACGGAGAAUCUUCCGAUGAGGACGACGAGGAUGGCGACGAGAGACCAACAACCACACCAAGACGCGCAGGCGGCCCCAGCACACGGAGUCAACAAACCGGUACUUCACAGACGCUCGCAGCCCAACAAGAAGAUGAUGAAGAGGAGGAAGAAGAAGCGGAGGAGAGCGAAGACGCCAUUGAGCCAGCUUCGAGAACCCAGAGACGCACCACUACCCAACGCAGUGGCCGCACCACCUCUUCCCGCGCUACAAACGUGGGAUCAUCGUCCCAAAUCAGUGCCGCCUCUUCUCUCCCCGCAUCACAGCUCCUCGACUCGCAAUCGCAGUCUUCGCAAGAUCUUUCCCCGCAACGUCUUCAGGUCUUCCAGACUGCUUUGGGUCAGCUCAUCGAUGGGCCUCUGUUCGCUAACGAUGCCGCCGAUGUGGAGCCCCUUGUCGCGGCUGUGAAUGCUAGGUUGGGAAGUGGACCUGGUAAAGAGCCAUUUGGUGAGGCUGAGGCGGAGAAGGCUCUCAAUGCUCUGAGCGAGAAGAAUAAGAUUAUGUAUAGCGGGGACAUCGUGUACAAGAUCUAG